CAUCCAGCAUUUGACGCACAUCUCAGAUCAUGGAGAACAAUGGAGACAGUAGAAAUAGAGGAUUCCAACCGGGCUUGUGUCGGGAAGAUCAUUCCAUGAAGAACAAUGGAUACAGUACAGGAAAUGAAGACUACCCGCAGGCAGAGGAUCAGUCCAUGGGGACCAAUGGAUACAGUACUGGAAAUGAAGACAUAUUCCAGCGGCUAUCGCGAGUGUCUGAGUGGCCGCCGUCGGAAGAAUUUUACGCCGAGCAAAUGACAGAUGGCGCGGAAAUGUUAGAUUUAGAGGGAAUUCUCGCAAGUAUCGACAGUGCUGUAUCUGAUCAAGGCAGUCUUGGGGGGGCAAGAAGAAAUGAUGAUCUAAAUAGCCACGGGCGUUCCAGAAAAAGAGAGACCGAUAAAGCAUACAGGCAGAGAUCGAAGGCAACAAAAGAAAGGAUACAGAAGGAGAGGGAUGAUUUCGCGGCUGAAAAUGGACAAUUAAAACGUCAAAUUGAGGUAUUGAAGUGUGAAAUUCAGGAAAAGGAUGAGCUAAUGAAGUCUACUCUGGAGAAACAUGGGAAUGAUAUUAAGGAAAAGGAACGGCAAGUGGAAAUUUUGCAAUCGAAACUUGAUAAGGUGGAGCUGGAAAAAAUGGUAAUGAAGGCUGAAGUGGGGAGAGUGAGUGCUGAAGUGGGGAGAGUUGAGGCUGAAAAGGAAUUACUUCAAAUGAAGCUUGCAAUGGCCAAUCAAAUUUCGCAAACUCAGUCAAGUGAAACUCACCGUGGAAGGCAUUUGCAGGAGAUCUGAGAGUUGCAGUUUUUGUAGGAGAAUGAUGGUGAAUGGUUUAAUAUUUUUUUUAUAACAAUUUAAAAUUAUUUACCUAUAUUAACUGAGGGAAAGAAAAAUGAAUUCCUUAACAUUCAGACACAUCACCUACUCAGAGGUAAACAACCCUAAUUAACCCAGCGCCACACGCAGAACGGACCGUUCGGUUUUAAUUAAUGUGAUUUAUUCUUAAUAUUACAGUCGUUCAUUUCAAACCAUAGGAUUGUAUGGGGUCAGAGCUGUGAGAGCACUGUAUCCUUUGUACUGCUAAUAUAAUAAAAAUCUUUAUUUGCUGAUAAAAAUUUUUAAAAAAAGGUCCAGGGAAACUGCCGAGUAGCUACUUUGAAAUGAAUAUGACGUGGAAGAGGAAACCUCCAACCAACAACAAUCAAUCAAUGACAAGCAACGGCAAAUCAAGCGCUCUCGUCGCUCCAAUAAUUCAAUUUGUUUGCA